UUUUAACAGCGUUUCGGAGCCGCUUCAAUCAGCCUGAGCUCCCCCAGCUGUUAAUUAAACGCCAGGUGACGUGUUAACCUGCUCCGUGGGGUUUAGGUAGCUGCUCGCUUAGCCACAUCGGCCACUUUAACAUCCCGCAGGCUGGGAUUUAGGACAUUUAGAAUGUAAACUACAAGUAAAAUGAUCCAUUUGCGGGUUUAUUCCCAUCUUUUAUAUGUUGUUUAAUCAGGUUACUCAAUUGUAGCUUGCUCCGUUAGCAGGGACUACUCAUUUUAGUUCUAAUUUAUUACUCUUACUAGUUUAUAACAGGAAUUUUGUAAUAGUUUUGGCCAGUAUAGUCAUUCAAAUAGUAAUGGUGUUAAAAUGAGCGAAUUUAAGCUCAGAAACCCUUACAUGAUGUUGAUAGUUCAACAGUUUUCAUGUAUUUGCAGCUUUAGAUUCAAUACAUAGUAGGUGAGCAUUACAUUUAAGUGCUAAAUCGUUAUAUUGACUGAGAGCUGACUUUGCAAAUUAGCGUUUGUUAAUUUGUCUAAUGAAGUAUUGGCAUAAUUCCCAUAUUUAAUCCUGCUUCCAAGUGGUCUGCCUGUGGUGGGAAUGGGCCUUCUCCGACUAAUUUCUGUACAUCCUGCUUUCCUUUAUAGUCUUCAUGGAUUAGUUCUGACCACUAAAUAGCUGUAGCAUAUGUCAGGUUUGACUCUGACUAUCAUUUUGGAAAAUACCACCAGUUGUUGCCUAGAAAUAAAAACAGGUUUUAUGUUACAAAUGUGUACCAAAGAUCCAUCAUCGGCAAGAGGAACAAGCCUACUGAAUUCAAUGAUCUGCAAACGGCCUUUUAUUCAAGUGAAAAGGAAUUAUCACUCUGCACUUGGUUGCACCUGGAAUCCUUUUACGAUCUUCGUUUCCCACCCACCCGCCGCCUUGACCUUUCACCCCCUGACGUGCGCAUCUACGCCGAGCCAUGGCCGCUGCGAAGCCCAAAGGACAGAACUCUCUGGCCCUCCACAAAGUGAUCAUGGUGGGCAGUGGAGGAGUGGGGAAAUCAGCCCUCACCCUCCAGUUCAUGUAUGAUGAGUUUGUUGAAGACUACGAGCCUACUAAAGCAGACAGUUACAGGAAGAAAGUUGUGCUGGAUGGAGAGGAGGUGCAGAUAGACAUCCUCGACACAGCCGGCCAAGAGGACUACGCAGCCAUUCGGGAUAACUACUUCCGCAGUGGCGAGGGUUUCCUCUGCGUAUUUUCCAUCACAGAGCUGGAGUCGUUUGCAGCAACAGUAGACUUCAGAGAGCAGAUUCUGCGAGUGAAGGAGGACGAAAAUGUGCCCUUCCUCUUGGUCGGCAAUAAAUCGGACUUGGACGACCGGCGGCAGGUCAGCGCGGACGAAGCGAAGGCACGCGCAGAGCAGUGGGGGGUGUGCUACGUGGAGACUUCUGCCAAAACCCGUGCCAAUGUGGAUAAGGUGUUUUUUGACUUGAUGAGAGAGAUCCGAGCAAGAAAAAUGGAGGACAGCAAAGAGAAGAACGGGAAGAAGAAAAGUAAAAGUUUGGCUAAACGAAUUAGAGAGAGAUGCUGCAUUUUAUAGUGGUGAAGGAGAGCAGGCUAGCUGCUAGUGUACAUGUACAUUUCUCAGAUUAUUACAUUUCUUUUGUGCCCAGACCUGACCAUGACUUUCUGUUCCUGACUAAAACAGGACCUCUGACCAUGUGACAGAAAGUAGUGAGGUGGCACUUCAUAUGCCAUUUUUAGCUCUUAACUUUUUACGUGCUGACCCUCCAAAUAAUUUAUGAUUUAGGUAAUCUCUCUUUCUUACUCUUGCCCACACGACAAAGUUUUAAUAGAUGAGUGGUGUUUUAAGCCAAGCCCCGAAACGUCCCAAAAACAUUUGAAUUGUAAAGUCUGUUUAUAAUUUCUUCGGGCAACUAUACAGGUGCACAUUUAGGAGGGAAGAAUUGAAACGUUUCACAGUCCAGGUUUAAAUGGGGAAGGUGUAGUUGGAAGACCCCCGAACCAUAAAAUGAGUCCACCACCUUUGCUUGAAAAGACUCAACAUUGCACCAUGAACUUGAGGUUUAAGUGCCACCAACUAAAUGUAAUUUAUGGCGGUUGAUCUGGAAAGGAUUUUAACGCAGUAACGCUUUCCAUUUCUUAGCAGGAGCCCACAUUUGUUGCCAUUCCUUCUUGUUUUUUGUAUGAUAACAUGGUUUUAAACACUAUAGUUUGUUUUAUUCUCCUCCACAUCAAGCACUGUAAAAUAAGCGCACUACGUUUUUCCAUUUUCUUCAAUUUUACCUGUUAUUUUGUCUUCUAAAAAUGCACAAACAUUGAUCGCUACCCUAAAUCCUCACAGGGAGUUUUGCAACACUUGAACAUUUUUCAAUUCUGACAUUUAAAAAAUUUACCUCGCUCGGCUAAGGAAUUUCAUUGCCUUUUUUUGUGGUUGAGGAAUCCCUGGUGCUCUGAUUUAAAAAGGUGAUUCCAUAACACUACAUGCAGCUCUGAUCACUAAAACAUAUUGCUUCCAGACAAUUUAGCUUUUACAUGGCUCCAACUUUAAAUUAGCAUGUUUCUAUUACACUAGUUUUCAUUUAAAUGUAUUUCUUAUUUAGGAAUUGUUAAUGGAAGGAAAACUGAAGAGUUUACAGGCUGAAAAUAAUAAAAAAUAAAUAAAUAAAUAAGGAUUGAUUUAGAAAGAUUUCCUAUUCCAAAAGAUUUUGCCAUCACAACCAAAGAAAACCGCUAGUUAAUACAAAUAACAGGGUUCCUACAUUCUUAAAAAGCCUGGAAUUUGCAUUACAUUUUCCAGGCCUGAAUAAAUAUUGAUAAAAGGAAAUAAUGUGUAGAAAAAAAUGUAUCUUCACAGAUUCGUCUGUGUCCCAUUUUCCCAAACAUGAAAAUCUUUCUAUAACCAAAUUGCUCCAACAGAGCCAACUAAUGUUUUGAUUGAUUAUAUAAGGUGAUCAUCAAACAGCUAUGAACACAGAAUCAAUUUUUCUUGAGAAAAUAAUAUAAUAAAGUUGUUAUCACAGCAAAAUGUGCUUUUUGAGUCUAGAUAACAUGACAAAAUAAAACUAAAAAAGUCAAGAUGUUGCUUUCUUGAGAUGAGAUAAAGACAUCCUCAGAACAAAACAAACAUGAACUCUUGUUGUCUUGAUAGAAUUUGUGCAUUGAAGUUUAAACUUCUUAAAUUUCUCCAAAUAAUAAGCUAAUCAACAGGUACCUGGACCAAGCUCUGGAUCUCGUUCGAUAAAAAACGACCGCGAUGAAAACUUCUCUGAAAAUAACUUUAUGAAAAUAAACUGGAUUGGUGGUUAGCUGGCAAUAAGACGGACAUAGACAUUAGGUGCCUCAUGAAAAAAUGUGGCGUGUUCACCUUCUCCACGCAAGAGUUCGGAUCUAUCAUUAAUGAACUGAUCAUGGAAAUCAGCGCAUCCCCACAGCAAAUUCAUGGCUGGCGUAUGCAUGUUUCUAUGUGUACUGGUUUGAUGGUGACACUUGGAGGGCAUGCUGGGAAAUUGUUUAAUUACACAACAGGAUAUUAAAGCCUGCACAAAAUGGUGCACAAAAAUGCCUUUAGUUUAAAUAACUUUAGAAUUAUUAUUAUUUAUAAUCCUUAUUAUUGAGGAUAUUGCAGAUGGUGUUGUGCAAGGAGGUCAUGCAUUCAGAGACCAUCUGGCCCCGGGUGACGACUGGCUUAUUAGCUGCUUAAGGUUUUCUAUUGAGGUCUUUUUGGAACUGUGCUUUGGGCUGCAGCCGGUGUCUGAGCACUACAUCGUGAGGAACUGUGGGCUGCCGAAACCUGUACAGCUGCUGCCCACACUGGGGUGCCUAGGAAGAGCGGCAUUUCAGAGGGGGGGGGAGCUGGCAAACCGAUCGGCACUGCGCCACUUACUGCUGAGCUUUGCUGUGCCAGAUGGGUGAAAUAAAAUGACCCAUAUUUAAGACAGAUUUGAAUCAAAUUUAAAUGCUGUUUGCCAGUUUUGUAAUUAUAAUUGGAGCCAUCCACUCCACACACAUCUCUAUGAAAGCACCAUCAGAGGAUGAGUAUAAACUUUUUGUCAGGCAAACAGAGCUAACUAACAGUUUGGUGUGGUGGCCUGGCUUAGCAUACAGGAGCACGGGCUGCGCAUCAGGGGGAUGCUGGGAACAUCCUCAUCAUCCUGUCUUUAUGAAUUAUUGCUUGUCAGUGUUUCAUGUGAGGGACUUCCUGGUUUUUCCUGGCUAAGCUGCAGUUUCAGAACGUUCUACCAAGCUCCCCCGUGUCUCCAGCUCACAAUCCGUGACAUUCUUCUUUAAGAAUGUAGACAUGAUUUGUGGAAAUGUGCAGAGAUGAUAAGGGAGAAGGAGUCAGGUAAUUUCUCAUGUGCACUCACAGUUUCAUACAUCUGGAUUUGUUUGUGUGUACACGGUUUUCUUGGUUUAGGCGUGCGCCACGUUUCAGUUGGGAAUCCAUACAAGUCUUUGUUCAUCAGGCCCCAGUAUGUCUGCUUUUAGAUGGUGUACUACAUCAGCCAUGCAGUUUAACAUUGUUCAACCCACAAUCGCGUCCACAGUCUCACAGCUACUUGUGGGUCAUGGGUAGUAGUUUUGGAGCUUUUCAUACAUGGAAAUUAUUCUAUAGAGCUUUGUGUUUAGCUUGUACUUACAUGCCAAAAAUGGCCUAAACACGAUUUAGCAGUUUGAAUAUCUGAGUCUGGAAAAUGUGUAGGAACCCUGAAAAUAAGUGCCCGCUUGUUAAAUUCAGUGAGUGAAAACUUGCCCUGGUGACCAUGACACAUCACUACAAUGUUGUGUAAGAACUAUCUUUGCAGAGGAUCGACAAGGAGGAUGUAGGGAAAGCAAAACAGUUUAAUUCGGGAAAGAAAUGAAAGGUUAUGAGGGCUGUAGUAAUUCUUGUGCAGUGUGUCACUGUUGCCUCUCGGUCCGUCGUGAAUGUCAACUCAUUCUGUAAUCCUAAACUGCCAGUGCUUUGCAGAGCAUAGACGUGGUUGACGUUCUACUUUUUUUUCCGUCACCUGCAUCCUAUGCGAGGCUUCUCUCUAACAUGUCAACAAAAACGUCACGCGUUCCUUGUUUAGCUCUUGCUGUUUGAAUGACAUAAAAAGGAUCUGGCUGCACUUCAGCAAAAGCUACAUUUGACCAAGAAAAACUUUGGCCUUUAUUUUUGACUCUUAGGAUUGAGCCACGCAUUUAUUUUACUUUUCUUUUCUUUUUUUUCCAAGAAGCUACCCAAAGUUUGUUGCUAACAUCUAAUCUGAUCGUGUUUUAAACUAUUGAUGUGAGAGUAAAUACAGUUCUGCUCAGGUUACUGUCCCUGAUCAUGGGUGUGGAUAUUAUAUACAUUAAUGUUGCAUUUAAGCCAUUAUCUUUGCACAGUGGAAUUGUUAUUGAAUGUACAGCUUUUGUGGAUUCUAAACUAACCCAUACUUGCAUUUGUGGAUUUUCUCUAAGUGACACAUGGUGAAAAUGGGGGCAAAAAUUGAGAUAUUUCAUCAUAAAAGCAAAAAAGUAUGGUUAAAAGAGUCAAGUUGGUGCAUUUAAACCUGAGCACACUGGACAAAAAGUCAAGCAUGUGUACUCUGUUUCAGUUUUUUUAAUUCAUUGAAGUGGUAUGUUGAAUUAACCAUCCUUGACAGAAGAGAAGCCAAUUCAAAAAAUCCUGAAAAUCCAGCAUUAAUGUUGAAUUCACGCCCAUGAUAAAUGUAUUUGAACUCCUGUCCAGAACUGUUUGUGGUGUCUAUGCAAAAUGAUUGUUAGGGAAUGUGAAACAUUCAAAACACUGUCUCUGUGUCUUUAAACUACCUUUUUUCAAAGGCGAGGCGCAGUAGAAGCACUUUAGCUCUAAAGCUCGGUAGAGAUCAGAUUACAGCUCAGAAAACACAUCAUCCAAAAGUUAUGCUCUUUAUUAGAUUUAAAAUGACUAAUGGAGUUAAUGGAGACAAUGCACAGUUGUAUUUCUUAACUGAAGAAUAGAAACACGAUGCACGUCGAUCAUUUAAGCAUAAAUGGACUCAGACUGAAGGAGGUUAGGCCCAAAAUGUUGGCCAAUUGCAGUUUCAGAUGUUCUAAGGGCUAACCUUCGUCACAUCAACCAGAUCGGAGCUUCCCUGAAAGUUAAAGUGACGUGGGAAGGAACUAAAAUAGACCCCAGUUUGUUUGAGCAGAACUUCCCUUACAUUAAUAGGAAACUGCUGUUUACCAUAACAAGCUCAGUCAUGAUUUUCAGAGGAUCUUUUGUUAAUUGUUCUACUCUUUUGCUUCAUUUUCAUGAUGUAAUAAAAUUUACAGGCCAACACUUUUCUGCAGGAUUCUGAAGCGGAUACGUGUGGAAAGCUGCGAGCAAAAUGUCUUAUUGGGUGUUUCAAAUAACUUGCUUGACCUUUUAUAUAAAUGCCCUCGGAAUAACGACAGCUAUAUGCGUCUUGAAACGCAGGCUUGUAUGUAUGCCAUCGGUUAAAUGUCUCCUUCAUGUUUACUUAUUUUGAGCAUAACCACUAAUGUAGCCUGUUUGUGAAUGCAAGAGGUGAAGCUUACAUUUCAAUUCAUUUUUUGUGAGUAAUUUGGAAAUGGCAAAUAAAGUGGAUAUUACUAAUAACA